AUGCAUGACAUCGUGCUGCCCAGGAACCUGCAGCUCGAACGCCAGUCAGCCACCACUACCAUUCGCAUCCUAGCAAAAGCAUUUGCCGCCGGAUGGCCGCUCGUGCUCCCAUGUGCGACCUACUUCCUAGCCGGUGCCACUGGCCACCUUGUCACCACGGGGGUCGUAUGGUGCAAGGAUUGCACGAGCAGAGUGUUUCGAUGCCCGCUCUUCUCUCGGUACGCUACGCUCGAGGAAGAGGCACGAUACUGGACGUCAUCGAGGGAAGCACAAAGGAGUCUAGGUGCUUCGAACGCGAAUAGCACACCCCCGGACGUACCCCUCGUGCGGUAUUAUGUCCCCAAGCUGCUCCCACCAUAUCGGGAUAAAAAGGACAGCAGCUCACUGGACGACGCAGACGAAUACCGGAUAUCCGCGAAGACGUUCUGCAAAUGGCACCGCAUGGUGUUUCGAGGUCCGCUGCACCCCACACUCAAGCAGGCAGGGAAGCUGAUGAAGAACUACAGCGGUCGCGACCGCAAGGAGAUGCGGCGUAUCGCGAGAAUGCUGACGGACGAGGAGGUCUUCCUGCAUAAGAUCCCGUGGACGCCCGUGUACCGAGACAUCUGGCGACGCUGGCUUGAGACGAAAGGGCCGGACAUAAUGAUUUCCUUCGAGUGA